CUAGCAGGACUACUAUCAGGAGUAUCCACACCGAGACAAAAACGACGAGGGCAUCUCCCACACACGGUACGUAGACUUUUGAUAUUGUUUGGUCGGCAUCGGGCUUUGGAUGGUCGACUUGAUCUGACUGCUGAAACCACACUCAACUCGGUGGUUGUUCGCUUCUCCCGCAACCAAAGGAAUCGCAAAGCCCUCCAUACACCGAACCAGCCAUGUCGGGAAUCGGCAUCGGGCGCUUUGCCCGAAGAAAGGAGACGGCCGAGAAGGCCACGCCAAAGGCCCCCGAGGACGAAGGGCCCUUUCGACGAAUCCUCCCACCGGCCGCAACGCCUGCCCGUGCCACCGCCGCCAAAGACGGCGCCAACCCACAGUCAUCCAACCAGACGAACGACGAGUGGGACGCGGACUCGAAGGGGGGCUCUUCCUUCUCCGGGUUCGGCUACGGGAACGACGAGGGCGGUGGAUUCCUGUUCGGGGAGAGCGACGGCCUCUUCGCGGGCGGAAGCGAGGACCAGGAUUUCUUGCUCGGGGACGGCCACGGAUUCGACGACGAGGCCUCGUUUGGAUCCGGGUACCGCAACACUUCUGGCGCAUCCGUGACCGAAUCCAAGACCGCCAUCGACAAGCCGAAGAUCGUGUUUGGGUUUUCUCGCUUCGCACGAAAGGGAAGCAGCAGCAACGAAAAUGACAACGACAGCAAAAAGGUCGGUGCGAAUGCUCAACCGGCGUCGAUCAGCAUUGGGAACGGUGAAGGCAGAGGAGACCCUACCAGGGAGCACCCUAACGACGACAGAACUGCAGAAAAGUCCGUACCUAAUAAGCAACUGUUGCAUCUUGACGCUACCGUCACGGCUCCAAGCGAAAAAUCAAGGCGUGUUUCGUUAGACAACGACAACAACGAGAAACAUGCUUCUUUGUCGCCCUCCGGGGCUCGACACGAUGGAGGAAACCAGGACACGAACAUGCAUCAGCAGGAGGAAGGGCAGAAUCCAACGCUUGCAUCGUCGAGGGUGACUCAUCGGAUGCACGACUCGUUGCAGACAAAGAACACAACUGCAAAAAGAAGCCACCCUUCUCCUGUUCUAGAUCCCCCAAUCAAGGUCCCUGGUAGGGUUUCUAUGGAUAAUACAUGCGAUACCGGGGGCUCGGGACUGAUAUCUCGCAUGGAUCGAUCGUCGUCGAAUAAUGGCAAUAGCAACUCCCCUAGCAUAGUAUCUACUGGUCAGCAACAACAAAACCAGCAGCAGCAGAGAAGAACCAAUCCUCAUCCUAACGUUACCGACAACCGCCGCUUUCGAAAGGAGCGGGCUGCUUACGGUGCGAAUGCAGGUUUAGGUCUAGAAAAUCCAAGAGACUCUCACAACGGCGACAAUGCAAACCAGAAAGUGCCUCCCGGUAUUCUGCCAAGAACGAAUGGUUCCAAUCUAGUCCCACCAGCACAGGCGAACAGAACUAUUGACAAGCAUGCGGAAGAAGAGAAGUCGUCGCUGGAUCCUCCUUGUCCCGCACAGGCUACCGGGAAGGUGAGCGCCGCGGGCAGUGAUUCCGGAACCGAGAGGGCCGGAAUCGGUCAAGGUGGAACGGAUUGCGGCGGACAGCGGACGGAGACCGAGGACGCGGACGGUUUCGAAUGCCGGCAGGCCGGGUUCCUUGCCGACAUCCGCGAGACCGAGGACAUCCAGAACCUGAUCGACGCGGACCUGCGGACCUCGAACGAACGAUUCGCCGAGCACUAUGCCCUUUUGCUGCGCGAUCUCGCCGCCGCAAUGGAUCUGUUGGAAAAGCUGGAGGCCAUCGAGAGGGCCGCCGAAGACGUUCUGGCUUCCUGAAACGACCCUCAGCUCUUACGGGGAAUCGUUCUUGCACCACUUCCUUCCUCCUCUAAACCAAACUCAACAAUUAGUGCUUUCCCCACUAUUAGGAGUUACUGCUACUACUACCACUACGUCACAGCAACAGAGAAAAUCAGUAGUUGCUCUUCUUGUUCUUGCUUUUGUUCUACACCCUACUAGUUUAAAAAUUAAAAAGUACUAGUAGUACUAGUACUAGUAUGUUUGAAGGGGUUUUCAACUCUGAAAGUAGAAAUAAUAAUACUAGAUUACU